AUGACUCCAUCUACCCCGACGAACAGCACAACACCAGGCUGGCAACCGAAAGCCAUAGUAUUUGAUCUGCUCACGGCUCUACUCGAUUCCUGGACAGUGUGGGAUGCCUCCACCCCUUCAGGAACCCCAGAAGAAGGCAGAGUCUGGCGAAAGCGAUAUCUGGAAGUCACCUUUGGCCAAGGUGCCUACGUUCCUUAUGAAGAUCUGGUGGAAAUCUCCGCACGAGAUGUCGGGCUUCCCAGUUCGGUUGCGAAAAAUCUGUUGCGUGAAUGGGAGAAUAUGAAGCCGUGGCCAGAGGCUGGAGACGCCUUACGGCGGUUGCGGGCCCAAGGGUAUAAACUUGGUGUUGUAACGAAUUGUUCCAAGCAUCUGGGCCGUAUUGCCGCAGGUAAAGUUGGCGAGAAUGUUUUUGAUGCCAUUGUCACGGCAGAGGAGAGCGGGUUUUACAAGCCCGCAACGCAGGCGUAUCAGGCUAUUUUCCCGGCACUGGGUGUCGAUGCCUCGGAGAUCCUGUUCGUUGCCGGCAGUGCGGGAGAUGUGGAGGGGGCGACAGACGCAGGAAUGAAGGUGGUCUGGCACAACAGAGUUGGUCUGGCUAAAAAGGGCGAUGCAGUUCCUCUCAGGGAGGCUAGGACGCUAGACGACGCUUUAAAGGACUUCCUCUAG